CUGCGCGUGUCAGUUCAGUUCCGUGUAUUGUCGUUGACGUUUCGUUUUGGAAAAUAGAAAAACAUCAAUACGCCUAGUAUAACAUAAUAUGAAUUCGUUUUUUCUCAAUAAGUGAAUGUUUUCCGUUAAGUUGUGGUGAUAGUCGGUUAAUUAGUUUAGUAUAGUGAGCCUUUAAAAGUUUAUAAUUUAUGGAAUGAUGUAAAGUAGAGUACUGAAAUUUAAGGAAGUGUGAAUGAAGUAGUACCAAAAUGUUUUAUAAAGGCGGGUAAACUGAUUGUACCUUAUGACAAAUUGGCUAAGAUCAACUUUCCGUUCUUUUGAUUUUGCUUUUUCGUUAUUAUACCCUUUUAAAAGUCUCGCUCCGCCAAUCGGCGACAACGACGAAACUAAACAAGAAAUCUACACUUCGAUAAAUUCCGGCCGCGAAACAAAAAGUGCUGAUAUAUUGGAUAACUGUGAAGAUUGGGAAGAUAUCUACAUCAAGAUGAAGGCCAACUUGAGAAGAAGGAAUAGCAAGAGGUUCGUAAUUGGCGAGGGAGAAGAUGAUGAAGGGCUACGACUACCGGAUAUUACUCUUACUCACGUCGAGAGCUCCAGCGAGAACCUGGAAGAAAAGUGGAAUGAGCACCCGAUCAACGACAGAUUGAGACUUCGUGUAAACCAUCAGAACUCAUUAACGCCUAGUAUGUCCCAAGGGACUGUUAUGCUACAUUCCAGAACAGAAGAAAAGAACUUCACAGUAGCUACCCCAGAAGAAUUCGUAAAGAGGUUUAACGGAACUAGAGUUAUUAAUAAGGUACUAAUAGCAAACAACGGAAUAGCAGCAGUAAAAUGUAUGAGAUCAGUGAGAAGAUGGUCAUACGAGAUGUUCAAAAACGAAAGGGCAGUAAGGUUCGUCGUAAUGGUGACUCCCGAAGAUCUAAAGGCCAACGCCGAGUACAUCAAAAUGGCCGAUCACUACGUUCCAGUACCAGGCGGAACCAACAACAACAAUUACGCCAAUGUCGAACUCAUUGUAGACAUCGCUGUCAGAUGUCAAGUGCAGGCUGUGUGGGCCGGUUGGGGACACGCCUCCGAGAACCCGAAAUUACCUGAGUUGCUGCACAAAAACAAUGUCGUGUUUAUUGGUCCAAGCGAAAAAGCUAUGUGGGCUUUGGGAGAUAAGAUCGCUUCCUCGUUGGUUGCUCAAACGGCGGAAGUACCUACGCUACCUUGGUCUGGUUCAGGUUUAACUGCCCAGUAUAGUGGAAAGAAAAUAAAGAUUUCAUCAGAGCUCUUCGCUCGAGGUUGCGUAUCAACUGCUGAAGAAGGUCUAGCAGCAGCUCACAAAAUCGGUUUUCCUGUUAUGAUCAAGGCUUCAGAAGGUGGUGGUGGUAAAGGUAUCAGAAAAGUAGAACAUGCUGACGAUUUUGCUGCAGCUUUUAGACAGGUACAAACAGAAAUUCCAGGUUCUCCCAUUUUUGUGAUGAAAUUGGCCAAAUGCGCAAGGCAUUUGGAAGUACAAUUGAUUGCUGAUAUGUACGGCAAUGCUAUCUCUCUAUUCGGACGUGAUUGCUCCAUCCAAAGAAGGCAUCAGAAAAUCAUUGAAGAAGCUCCAGCUGUUAUAGCCGAACCGUCAGUUUUUGAGGCUAUGGAAAAAGCGGCUGUAAGAUUAGCAAAAAUGGUCGGUUACGUCUCAGCAGGUACCGUAGAAUAUUUGUACGAUCCCUCUGGUCAAUACUACUUCCUGGAGCUGAAUCCUAGAUUGCAAGUAGAGCAUCCUUGUACAGAGAUGGUGUCUGAUGUUAAUUUGCCAGCUGCUCAACUUCAGAUUGCCAUGGGUUUACCACUACAUUAUAUUAAGGAUAUCAGAUUAAUGUACGGAGAAUCGCCGUGGGGAAUGAGUGAAAUCGAUUUUGAUCAACCCAGACACAAACCACAACCCUGGGGACAUGUCAUCGCUGCCAGAAUUACCUCAGAAAACCCCGAUGAAGGUUUCAAACCCAGCUCUGGUACCGUUCAAGAACUUAAUUUCCGUUCGUCAAAGAACGUUUGGGGUUAUUUCUCCGUAGCUGCUUCAGGAGGUCUGCACGAAUUUGCCGACUCCCAGUUCGGUCAUUGUUUCUCUUGGGGAGAAAACAGAGAACAAGCCAGAGAGAAUUUGGUUAUCGCCCUCAAAGAGCUGUCAAUCAGAGGAGACUUCAGAACGACUGUUGAGUACUUGAUUACACUUUUGGAAACCAAGAGCUUCCAGGAAAACACCAUUGAUACAGCAUGGUUGGAUAUUCUGAUAUCUGAAAGAAUGCAAUCAGAAAAACCAGAUAUUAUGUUAGGGGUCAUUUGUGGUGCUCUUCUCAUCGCUGAUAUUUCCAUCACCAAUGCAUUCCAAGAGUUCCAGACCUCUUUAGAAAAAGGACAAAUCUCAGGUUCCAAUACUUUAACUAAUGUGAUGGAUGUUGAACUGAUUAAUGAUGGCAAUAAAUACAAAGUACAAGCAACGAAAAGUGGGGCCAAUACCUAUUUUCUGCAAAUGAACGGAUCGUUUAAGGAAAUCGAAAUUCAUCGUCUAAAUGAUGGUGGAAUUUUAUUAUCUGUGGAUGGUGCUUCCUUCACAACUUACAUGAAAGAAGAAGUAGACCGCUAUCGUAUAGUGAUUGGUAACCAAACUUGCAUUUUCGACAAAGAAAACGAUCCUACUAUCCUAAGAUCUCCCUCAGCUGGUAAACUUAUUGGUUUUGUAAUAGAGGAUGGAGGUCAUGUCAACAAAGGGCAAGCGUAUGCAGAAAUCGAGGUUAUGAAAAUGGUUAUGACCUUAACAGCCAACGAAUCAGGUAUAGUGAGCUACGUCAAGCGUGCAGGAGCUGUCCUAGACGCAGGUUCCAUUAUUGCAUCUCUAGAAUUGGACGAUCCUAGUCUCGUAACCAAAGCCGUCCUAUACAAGGGGCCCUUCUCAGAUUUGGAUGUAUCUCCUGUCGUUCCAGAAAAACUCAAUCGUAUUCAUAGCAGUUUCAGGACUGCUUUGGAAAAUACUCUUGGAGGUUAUUGCUUACCUGAUCCAUACAACGCUCCACGCUUGAGAGAAGUUAUUGAGAAGUUUAUGUCAUCAUUGAGGGAUCCUAGCCUUCCUCUGUUGGAACUUCAAGAAGUGAUGGCAUCUAUUUCCGGUCGUAUUCCCGCAGCCGUCGAAAAGAAAAUUAGAAGACUGAUGGCUUUGUAUGAAAGAAAUAUCACGUCCGUUUUGGCCCAAUUCCCUAGUCAACAAAUUGCUAGUGUUAUUGACACUCAUGCAGCAAGUAUGACUAAGAGAACCGAAAGAGAUGCCUUCUUCUUAGCCACCGAAGGAAUCAUACAACUUGUUCAAAGGUAUCGAAAUGGCAUUCGUGGCCGCAUGAAGCAUGCCGUCCAAGAACUGCUCAAACAAUAUUACGAAGUCGAAAGUCAAUUCCAACACAGUUCCUACGACAAAUGCGUUUCACUCUUACGCGACAAACACAAAGACGAUAUGUCCGCCGUAACAGCAACGAUCUUCUCGCACAGUCAAGUCUCGAAAAAGAAUCUCCUCGUCACGAUGCUCAUCGAUCAUCUAUGGAGCAACGAACCCGGAUUAACGGACGAAUUAGCCAGCUGUCUUACAGAACUGACGUCUCUAAAUAGAAGCGAACAUUCCAGAGUGGCACUGAGGGCUAGACAAGUGCUAAUCGCUGCUCAUCAACCUGCCUAUGAGUUGAGACACAACCAAAUGGAGAGCAUUUUCUUAUCGGCUGUAGAUAUGUAUGGACAGGAAUUCCACCCUGAAAACCUUCAAAAAUUGAUCGUAUCCGAAACUUCAAUCUUCGACAUUCUCCACGAUUUCUUUUACCAUACCAACAGAGCCGUCUGUAAUGCUGCCCUCGAGGUAUAUGUCAGAAGAGCUUUUACAAGUUAUGACAUUAGCUGUCUGCAGCAUUUGGAACUUAGUGGUGAAGUACCAGUAGUUCAUUUCACAUUUACCUUACCCCCUUCACAUCCCAAUAGGUUAAUUAAAUUGAGCGCCGCUAUGGAAUCUUCAGAAGAACCGGUUGAACCAGACCCCAACGAAGUAAAGAUUGUCGACACUUUUCAUAGAACCGGUUGCAUGGCUGCUUUCGACAACUUGCAACAUUUUGAGCAAAGUGCUGAUGAAAUUUUGGAUUUGAUUGAAGAUUUUGCAAGCCCUGCUGCAAUUUCAGCUAAAGACUUAAAUGCGGUGGAAAGCGGCUCAGAAUCUAGGGGAAAUAGCACUUCCAUUAACGUCAGUUUGUCUUUGGAAGUUAGAAGGCCUAGUACGGAUGAACAUGUCAUCGAAGAACCAAACCAUAUUCUGAUGGUUUGCAUCAAAGACGAUGGGGAUAAAGACGAUUCGACUAUGAGUAAAAUGUUUGCUGCAUUCUGUGCAAGACAUAAGGACGAACUGCUCGCUCGACACAUUCGAAGGAUUACCUUUUCGCCCCUUAAACACAAGCAGUCACCCAAAUUCUUCACCUACAGAGCUAGAGAAGGUUUCGUGGAAGACAGAAUUUAUCGCCAUUUGGAACCAGCCUGUGCCUUCCAGUUAGAGAUGAACAGAAUGAGAUCCUACAGCUUAGAGGCUUUACCAACUUCCAACCAAAAGAUGCAUUUGUAUCUUGGCAAAGCAAGAGGAGCUGGUGGAAAAGAAAUAACAGAUUACCGAUUCUUUAUUCGAUCUAUUAUCAGACAUUCAGAUCUUAUUACCAAAGAAGCAUCUUUUGAAUAUCUACAAAACGAAGGUGAACGAGUAAUUUUAGAGGCUAUGGAUGAAUUGGAAAUCGCUUUCUCGCAUCCACAAUCGAAAAGAACUGAUUGCAACCACAUUUUCCUUAAUUUUAUUCCAACUGUUAUUAUGGAUCCAGCCAAGAUUGAAGAAGCUGUUACAAAUCUCGUAAUGCGCUACGGACCUCGUUUAUGGAAACUUAGGGUAUUGCAAGCUGAAAUAAACUUAACAAUUAGGCCGUCGCCUAACGCAAACACGUCCAAAAUUCGAUUGUGUAUAGCAAACGACAGUGGUUAUUAUUUAGAUAUUAGUAUGUAUACCGAGGUACCUGAUGCCGAAACGGGUAUUAUCAAGUUCCAAGCUUACGGAGAUAAGCAAGGACCAAUGCACGGCUUACCCAUUUCGACCCCAUACAUUCCCAAAGACUAUCUCCAACAGAAACGAUUCCAAGCUCAGUCUAUCGGAACCACAUAUGUUUACGAUUUCCCCGAUAUGUUCAGACAAGUGGUGGAUUUACAGUGGAAGCAAUUCACGCAAGCAAGAUUGAAUGAAAACAUCACAAUUCCAGACAAGUUGAUGGACAUCGUGGAACUCAUUCUGGACCCAGAAACUGAAAGUAGACUGAUCGAACAAAAGAGAGUGCCGGGAGAAAAUAACGUAGGCAUGGUAGCGUGGAGACUCACUCUGUAUACACCUGAAUAUCCAACCGGUAGAGACAUUAUCGUUAUUUCCAAUGACGUUACCUACUUGAUUGGAUCUUUUGGGCCGCGUGAAGAUAAGGUAUAUGGAUUGGCGAGUGAGAUAGCAAGGAAAUUAAAGAUUCCAAGAAUUUAUCUUUCGGCUAACAGUGGUGCCAGAAUCGGAUUAGCAGAAGAAGUAAAGGCCAUAUUCAGGGUUGCAUGGGAAGAUAAUAAGGAGCCGGAUAGAGGCUUCAGAUAUUUAUACCUGACUCCCGAAGAUUAUGCCAAAGUAAGCUCCACGAAUUCGGUAAGGGCUGUUUUAAUUGAAGAUGAGGGAGAAUCUCGAUACAAAAUUACGGAUAUUAUAGGCAAAGAGGAUGGAUUAGGUGUUGAAAACUUGAAAUACGCCGGUAUGAUAGCCGGUGAAACAUCUGCAGCUUAUGAAGAAGUGGUUACUAUCUCGAUGGUAACUUGCAGAGCUAUUGGUAUUGGUUCCUACUUAGUUCGUCUAGGACAGAGAACUAUUCAAAUCGAAAAUUCUCCUAUUAUUCUCACCGGAUAUGCUGCUUUGAAUAAAUUGCUGGGACGAGAAGUGUAUGCCUCAAAUAAUCAACUUGGAGGAAUUCAAAUAAUGUACAACAACGGUGUCACUCACAAAACGGACCAAACCGAUUUAGAGGGCAUUUUCACAAUAUGUAGAUGGCUUUCAUAUAUUCCAAAGGACAAAAUGUCUCCCGUACCAAUAGUUAGUCCAGUGGAUCCAAUCGACAGGGAAGUUAUUUUCACUCCAACAAAGACACCUUACGAUCCAAGGUGGAUGCUGGAAGGAAGACAGUCUCCCAACGACGGUAACAUUUGGGAGAGUGGAUUCUUCGAUAAAGGUUCCUGGGCGGAAAUAAUGCAGCCGUGGGCCCAGACCGUGGUUGCUGGUAGAGCUAGAUUGGGAGGCAUACCUGUGGGAGUUAUUGCAGUAGAAACUAGGACUGUAGAACUGACGCUACCUGCUGAUCCCGCCAAUUUGGAUUCUGAAUCAAGGACCGUGUCUCAAGCUGGUCAAGUUUGGUUCCCAGACUCUGCUUACAAAACAUCUCAAGCUAUUAAAGACUUUUCUAGAGAAGAUCUGCCAUUAAUAAUCUUCGCCAAUUGGAGAGGUUUCAGUGGAGGAAUGAAAGAUAUGUACGAACAGAUUGUCAAAUUUGGUGCUUAUAUCGUGGACGGAUUAAGGGAAUACAAACAACCAAUUAUUAUAUAUAUUCCACCUAACGGUGAACUUCGAGGAGGAGCUUGGGCCGUCGUAGAUCCAACUAUUAAUUCUAGGUAUAUGGAGAUGUUUGCAGAUAAUGAUAGCAGGGGUGGUAUUUUGGAACCCGAAGGUAUAGUCGAAAUUAAAUUCCGUAAAAAGGAUCUCAUCAAAGCUAUCCACCGCGUAGAUCCAACCAUCAAAGAAUUAGACGAGCAAGUCAACCAAAUAAUGAGGGAAAUUCCUCGAGAUCGUUCUGCUAGCAUUACACAACCUCGUGAACGAUCUGCCAGCAUCACUGCCACCGUCGAAAGGCCGAAACCUCCAGAAGUAGUUGAGCUAGAAAAGAAAAUCAAACAAAGAGAAAACUUCCUUUUACCCAUGUACCAUCAAGUGUCUGUACAUUUCGCAGAUCUACACGAUACUCCUGAGAGGAUGUUAGAGAAAGGGGCUAUCAGUGAAAUUGUACCGUGGAGAAAAUCUAGGAAAAUAAUCUAUUGGCGACUGAGGAGACGUCUACUAGAAGAAAGAGUAAUCAAAGCACUUAUGGAAGUCCAACCUGAAUUGGCAGUAGGACAAGGUGAAGCAAUGCUCAGGAGGUGGUUUGUGGAAGACAAAGGUGCUGCUGAGGGAUACAAAUGGGACAAGAAUGAAGUAGUAGUUCAAUGGAUCGAAGAGCAGUUACAGAAACCCUCACACGAAUCCAUUAUUAGCCACAAUAUACAUGCUGUAAAGAAAGACGCAGUUCUCAAUAAUAUUAAAUCUACUUUAGAGGAUUGUCCAGAUGUCGCAUUAGAUGCGGUCGUAGCUAUAAUAGAAAAACUAAGUGACAACCAAAAAGCAGAAGUGAUACGAACACUAUCCCAAUUAGGUUCGCUAGAAAAUAUAGAUUAGAUUGUACAAAAUAGGACUGAUAUUUUCUUAGAAUUUUAUACUUCAGGGAAUUUUUAUUUAAUAAUACGGCAACAAGUAAGCAAAACCAAAACUAUGUAGUUAGUUUCAUUUUUCAUUUGAUAUUAUCAAUAGAUUUCAAGGUUUGCCAAUAAGGUUACACCAAACAAAGAAUAGACGGGAAAACUGAGUUUUUAACAAUUGAUUUAAAGUCGAGUUUAGCAAGUAUAAAACUGAAGUUAGCUACGCCAUCCUAAAGAUUUUUAGAUUGUUGGUUAGGUGUAGGUGGCGCUAUAACAGCGAAGAGUAGACAAAACCCUAAACGUAAAACGAAUGUCAAUGUACAUCAUAGUUCACUUAUAGGGCUUUUCAUCGAUUGUCAUUUGUUUCGAGCUUCUGUCACAAUGUGUUGUAUAAUCUUUGUAUAAUAUUAAUAUAAACGGAUUAUACGACAUAUUAUGAUAGAAGCUCGAAACAACUGACUGUGAAUGAAAAGCCCUGUUGCUGUCAGAGACAUGUUAAGGAUAUACUUGGCUAGGGAUAUCCCACUCAAUGCAUUGAGGUGUAACGCCGACAUAGGAUUGAGUGGUCUAGCCAUCUUUGUCUGUCACAUGCGCGGGAUUAUUUGGUUAAAAGAUAUAGAUAGGCCACCUAUCGACUGUUUCCAUGCUGUUUCCGAAUUACGCUUUUUUGGUGAGUAUGCCGAGUCUACGCUUAAUAUGUCAAUGGUUGCUGUAGUUCCAUUGCCGUAGUAAAUACAGGGAGAUAUUAAUCUGGUCGUAGAUUGCAGAAGGAAUAUAUUCAUGUGACGUCAUUGUUUCAGUUGGUUAUCUUGAAAAUCUUAACUGUCAUCUGUCAUUGCAUCUAUCUCAAGGCACAUUAUUUAUCUUAAUUUAUUUUACCAAUAAAUAUUUGUUUACCGAUUAUUAUAAUGUUUAUCUUUGUUAAACUUAAGAUAUUCAGUGAAUAAAUACAGCAAAGCAGUUACGAUAAAUUCUGAAAAUACUUUUAUAAAAGAAAACAAAUUAAUAGAGAACUACUUCCAAUAUCAAAAUAUUUUAUGCCCUUCAAAGAGUUUUAGAAAAUCUCUACGUGGAUUAUCUUUUGUCUUUUUUGUCACUUUAAUGACAGCUUUGUGUAGUUCCGUACACAAAAAAAUUCAGUUUGAAUAUUUUUCGAGAGUCCUCUAUGAGAAACGGCACGAAAAUAACCACAAUUUAUACCGACUGUACUGUAUUGAAUUCGGAGUUAGAUGAUAAGGAGUCUCCGUGGGUCACAAUCAGCAAUAUAUUCCACUUUUUCAAUCGACAGUUAAGCUGAUAAAUUAUAUGGCAAUUAUUAAGACUUCAGUUAUAUAAAGAAUAAUUCAACAGUCUUUUCUUUUAUUAUUGGAAUAUACUUUAGCAAGUUUCGUUCGAACAAUAUCUUAAUUUAUUUGCACUAUCGGUUAACAAAAUGAAAGAGUAGUUAGAUCUUUUAAGUAACAAGCUUAUAAGAAUAGAGGUGCUAGUUUUGAUAUUAAAAUGUAUAUUUUUAUAAGAAUCUCUUGUGGUUACCUGGCGGGCGAUAGGUUUUUUUUAAUUUGUCUUAUUUUUGAUAGUUGUUGUAAAGUGGGUAGCCACACGUGAGGAGAUUUUUCCAAAGGUAAUAUAUACAUAAGUAAAGAGCAGAAUUCUUAAUAAUAUGUGCAGGUACCUUAAAAUCUUUUGUCUGUAUUUGAUGCCAAAUUCAAUUUUUUUUAAAGAGUAACUGAUAUUACAGUUAUAUAGAUUAUCUAAAGAUAUAUUUAUUUUAUGAUUUUUAAAAAAUUAUAAAAAUACGAUAUUUAUGAUAUAAUUUAAAAAAUACUGCUGUUGGCCAUAUUACCAACAUAGUGCCAGCAAUAUGGCCACUCUAAGUGGAUUUUUAUACCUAAUAUUAAAACUUAAUACCUAAUACACUAAAAUAGUUUCAGAAUUUUUAAUAUUUUAUUAAAUGUUUAAGAAAAUACAGUGCAGAAACUUAAAAAUAUCUUUUUUUCCACAAUCAGGCAUCAAUGCAUCAUGCACGUAUCAACGUGUAUCAACCAAGCUGUAUACCAAAUUGUAAAUUUAAGUAUACAUUAUUAUAGACUGGGAUUGUUAACAAGGGAUUGAAUACCUAUUUUUUAAAUAAUGGUACAUACAGAAGUUUUAUCGUUUAUCGACAACAGCGCUAUUUUAUGUCACGUAAUACAGUAGCCGAUGCUGCGGCAUCGGCUAGUUAUGGCAGGUCACAUAGGAAGAAUGGAAGAUAACCGUUGGACGAAGCGAAUUGUUGAAUUGGGACCAAGAGAAAAUAAGAGAAGUAGGUGCAGACCACAAACCAGACGUACUGAUAACAUCAAGCGAACGACUGUUCACAAAUGGAUGCAAAAAGAACGAACAGAAAUGAACGAGAUAUAUUUACGAGAUAAGAGAGUAGUGGUUAAAUUAGAAGAUAUUAAAAUACCUCAAGAACUACCUAAAUAAUAGAACUUAAAAAAUUCAAGGGACAAUAAAGCCAAAACUCUUCUCCACGAUAUGCCAGGUAUUCGAAUUUGUAUUCAUUCCUGAAUGGGGAUUACAUAAUAUUUUCAUACUGUUCAAAUACAUACUCAUAAUAUACUUCUAGUCUAGCUCUCGGACUAUAAACUGUGUUAGAAAGACGCUUUGAAUACUUUGCACUAUUGCAAGAUGUAUGUUCGUUUCUCGAAGGUCCGGCCCUGUUUGUCCUCCAAUCCAGCUCUUGGCACAAAAUGCAAAAUAAUAGUAAUAUCUUUCUCAAAAGACCUCGAGUGUCACGGAUCCAACAUGCCGGAGAGCAGUAAUAAUAUGUCGAUGACAAGUGAAGAAUCACUUCUCAUAAAAUUGUUUCUAAAUCACGAACGGUCUUAUGCUAUUAUUUUUUUUUGUUUUUUAUUGAUAAAAGUUCUUUAUUGUCUUUUGGUCUUAAUUAUAUUACUGUAACAACUUCGUUAAAUUUAUAUUUGUUUGUUUGGAUUGAACACAUUGAUUUUCGUAAUAUACAUAUUGGUGAAAAGUGGGUUUUAAAUAUUGAAAUAUUUAAAAAUAGUGAAUGAUGAUUUUGUUGUACAUUUUGUUUCUUACUCACAUUUUCCUGUAUAAAACCAUGUUCUGCUCGAUUAUGUAAAUAUUUGGAUAUGAAGCAAUUAUUUUUGUAUAACAAUUAUUUUUGUACAAUUUUAGACCUGUUAUUUUUGGUUAGAAUGCUGUAAGUAACUUCAAAGUAGUGUUUGUUUAUUUAUUUCCCUCAAUUUUGUCAAUUUUGUUGUUAAUAUUUGUUAAUAUUUUAUUUGUUAAUAAAGUAUUUUAAUAUG